UGGUGACGCAGUUCCGUUUUGCUGGGUGCGCGCGCUGGAUUGUCUGAAACGUAGAGCUCGGCUGUCCCUGGGCUUUCGCGGCUCCCGAGCCCCGGAUGGCUUCCUCACGAGCUUCUUCCACGCAGGCAACCAAAACUAAGGCACCCGAUGACAUGGUCGCUGCUGUUGUAAAGAAACCACAUAUCUAUUAUGGAAGUUUGGAAGAGAAGGAGAGGGAGCGUCUGGCCAAAGGAGAGUCUGGGAUUUUGGGAAAAGAAGGACUUAAAGCAGGAAUUGAAGCAGGAAAUAUUAACAUAACCUCUGGGGAAGUGUUUGAAAUUGAAGAGCACAUCAGUGAGCGACAGGCUGAAGUACUCGCCGAGUUUGAGAGAAGGAAGCGAGCCCGUCAAAUCAACGUUUCCACAGACGACUCGGAGGUCAAGGCUUGCCUAAGAGCCUUGGGGGAGCCCAUCACACUUUUUGGAGAAGGUCCUGCUGAAAGAAGAGAACGGUUAAGAAAUAUCCUCUCAGUGGUCGGCACUGAUGCCUUAAAAAAGACCAAGAAAGAUGAUGAGAAAUCUAAGAAGUCCAAAGAAGAGUAUCACCAAACCUGGUACCAUGAAGGACCAAACAGCCUGAAGGUUGCUAGACUGUGGAUUGCUAAUUAUUCACUGCCCAGGGCAAUGAAACGCUUGGAAGAGGCCCGUCUGCAUAAAGAGAUUCCUGAGACAACUAGGACCUCCCAGAUGCAAGAGCUGCACAAAUCUCUCCGGUCUUUGAAUAAUUUCUGCAGUCAGAUUGGGGAUGAUCGGCCUAUCUCCUACUGUCACUUUAGUCCCAAUUCCAAAAUGCUGGCCACAGCUUGUUGGAGUGGGCUUUGCAAGCUCUGGUCUGUUCCUGAUUGCAACCUCCUUCAUACUCUCCGAGGCCAUAACACAAACGUAGGAGCAAUUGUAUUCCACCCGAAAUCCACUGUCUGCUUGGACCAAAAAGAUGUCAAUCUGGCCUCUUGUGCUGCUGAUGGUUCUGUGAAACUUUGGAGCCUUGACAGUGAUGAACCAGUGGCAGAUAUUGAAGGCCAUACAGUACGUGUGGCCCGUGUAAUGUGGCAUCCAUCAGGACGUUUCUUGGGUACCACCUGCUAUGACCGCUCAUGGCGUUUAUGGGAUUUGGAAGCUCAAGAGGAGAUCCUGCAUCAGGAAGGCCACAGCAUGGGUGUGUAUGACAUUGCCUUCCAUCAAGACGGCUCUUUGGCUGGCACUGGGGGACUGGAUGCAUUUGGUCGCGUUUGGGACCUGCGCACAGGACGUUGUAUCAUGUUCCUAGAAGGGCACCUGAAGGAAAUCUAUGGAAUAAGUUUCUCCCCCAAUGGCUACCACAUUGCGACUGGCAGUGGUGACAACACCUGUAAAGUGUGGGACCUUCGACAGCGGCGUUGCAUCUAUACCAUCCCUGCCCAUCAUAACUUAGUGACUGGUGUCAAGUUUGAACCUAUCCAUGGGAAUUUCUUGCUCACUGGUGCCUAUGAUAACACAGCCAAGAUCUGGACCCACCCAGGCUGGUCCCCACUGAAGACUCUGGCUGGCCAUGAAGGCAAAGUGAUGGGCCUAGACAUUUCUUCUGAUGGGCAGCUUAUAGCCACUUGCUCAUAUGACAGGACCUUCAAGCUCUGGAUGGCUGAAUAGGCAGGAGCGUAGAAAAAGGACUCAAAUCUCAGGCUCUCCCUUAGGAGCCACUUUUAAAAGAAAGAAUUGAUGUGUUUUGUUUUAUCAUGUUUGUUGUCAAUGGCCAUGUAUUGACCCUCAGUAGAUUGGAUUCCCGUGCCAUCCCCGACGGCAGGCAGGCAGCCAGUUCCUGGAUGUUGGUGAACCCCUUUCAUGGUUGAAUUUUAAUUUCAUCUUCACACCCUGCCAAUAACUAUGUAGACAGUCGUUUUUAUUAAUCUUUUGUUUGAAUGCCCAGUUGCCCUCCUCACAUGACUCAGGAUUGUGGCUGGCUCCAUUUUUAUUUCUUGAAACCUGGCUCUCCAUUAUGCGGUACAUGCUUCGGACUACAGGUGACCCAGAGAGCUAGGUGGCUGGACUGAAGUGGGGAAGCGCCCGGGUAAAGCGGCACAUCUCACCACGCACUGGUUAAAGCCUGACAGAGCGAGAGCCUUCCCUCUACCUUGAGAGUGGGAAGUGCAGAGGUAGACCCACAGCUAUGCUCAGGGCUAUGCAGUAAAGAAGAUUUUAACUCUCCCAGUUGGCUUCACUUGGAAUGCUACAUGCAUCUGGGAGCAUCAGGAAGCGCAGAACUGAACAUUUGCCUUGUCGGAAAAUGUCUUUUUUUUUUUUUUUAAGUUUGAUAUCCUUUGUAUUACCCCAAAACUAGGCCAUUGUGUCAAGAUUCAAUGAAAUUUUUAGAAAGCUAACAUGAUGUCUUUCUUG